AUGUGUCAAACUGGACGCCGGUUUGACCAGGAUGCCGCCAGUCCCGCCGCGGGACUGGGAUUCGUGGGCAUCCUGCAGUGGCAGCCGCCGGGAAAGGCGCCCAGGCUGCAGAGCUACUCCUCCGGCGCCCGAACCUCCAGCCAGCCAUAUGCGAUGCACGCCUCCGGGAGCAGUUGCAGUUGCAACAGCGACCGUGGUUGCUGCCAGGAUUGCCAUUGCUCCAAGCAGGGAUAUGAGCAUUUGCCUGUUCCACGAUUGCGCCACCAACAACCGCCUCCCCCGCUCUACCAAAAUCUGCAGCAGCAGCAGCAGCAUCAACAAGUCAGCUGCAUUACCACCCUGCAGCAAACAACUACAACGCAGCAGGUGCAGCAGUUACCAACUGCAACAUCCUCUAUUUCGAACUAUUCGUAUGGCAACUGCCUGAUGCCAACAACUGCAACAUCCAGCACGUAUGUGAGCAAUAUUGCGCCGGAACAGCCGAUGAUAACAAUGCAUCAUUGCCAUUCCCAUUGCAAUGGACACGGCAGCAACAUGCAACAUUGCGGUAACAUCAGCACAGCGCCAGCGGCACCUGCAAUAUACAAUAAUUCCCCUGCUCAACCGAUGAUUUUCGUGCCUCUUAUGCUGCCCAUGCAACAGCAACAUCAACAUCAGCAGCAGCAACAUCAGCAGCAGAAACAUUUGCAGUUGCAACCUCCGCUGCCGCCGGCGGAGGAUUGCAAGCCUCUGUUGCAGGCCAAGAACGUUCCACCUCCGCCGCAACCACCGCCUCUGCUGAGCCACUUUCAGUCCCUGUUGCAGCCACCGCCGCUGCCACCUCCACCGCUGAUGCCUCAACCUGAAGUUGCGUGCCCCCUGCCCAGCAGAGCACCUGCCACGCCCCCACUGCCGGUGACCCACAACGUUCAGAGCCUUAAGUCCGCGGCUGCAUCGGCCGUCAACGUUUAUCAGCGGAAUGGCAAAUUGCCCAGGAGCCUUCCCGCUCUGCGUGCCAUGGAAAUGGCGCUGCGUACCAACUCCUUUGCCACGCCCCCACGCCCCUCAGCGAGGCCCGAAGGAAGCGCACUACUGGACAUGGAGGACAGCGACGAGGAAAUGGAGUACAUGCCGCCACUGCACACCCUAUCGCGGCGCAAAUUGAAAUUAAAUCUUGACACAAUCAGCAUGCCCAUGCCACCGGCAGCUCAGAUUCCCACAUACAAUUAA